GCUUUGUCAGGCAGUACCUGGGCUGGAAUCUGAAGAGAAAGGAGAACCGAGACCCUGUGGUCCUGCCUGGCCUCCAAAUUCUGAGUGGGGCCUGGAAGCCGGCCUGGGACAUCCCCUAACGUGGAGGGGUGCUACCCACCCAGCCCAGCUCCAGGCCUCCCUGGGAACAUUUGCUGGGCCACAGUAAGUCAGGCAGGUCAGGCCCAGGGGCUGGCAGGCUUAAAAUAGGUCUCUCAGAGAUGCUGCGUCCUUUCCACGUGCUGCGCUGAGAGCGCUUUGCAGAGAGCCAGACUGGGAAGUAAGUGGAUGGGGCCUGGGGAAGUAGGUAGGCUUCUAGAAGUGGCACAGGCUGGGCUGUGUCAGCUGCCCGCACACGGGGAUACAGGCUGGCACCCCAGUUCCCAUAAGCCAGGCCGUGUCAACUACCUGCGCGCGGCCACUGGCUCCUCACAGGCCACUGUCCUGGCUUGAGAGGAGGGGGAGGCAGAAGUCAGCUGGAUUCACCUCUAAAAGACCCUAGCAGAGGAGUCGACCUCUUAUCCCGGGGAUGCAGGUGACUGACCAGGCCAGCAUGAGGAAAUUGGAAGAGAACUCUGGCCCCCAUGGCCUCCUCCUAAAAGAGCGGGCACAGACACGUACACAGGUGCACACGCAUGCGUACACCCUCCCCAGGCCUGCCCUCGGCCCGAGGCUCCAGGGACACAUUAUCCCCCGGCUGAUCGCCUUGGCCUAAUUCACGCCCUGGCUGCCAAGGCCUCUGGCAGCAACUUUCCCCCUUCCUCCCCUGCGGGGUUGUUGUGGGUUAGAGCAGGGACAGGGCCUGAGGGGGCUAAACUCCCAGGGAAAGGGCAGCUGGCUCUGUCGAUGCACAGGAGGGGCGGGGUGGUUUGUGUUUCUCUCGGGCUGAGAGCCACCGAAGGCUCCGCUCGGCUUCCUCUGGUCUCAGAUGAUCUCCCAUGGAUGGAGGCAUCAGGGUGGCAGGGAAAGGACAGGCCCAGAGGUGAGUGGGUGUCCCAGGGUGGGGCAGCCACAGGGGCCUGGAGUGGCUUGCAGGCAGGGCCACCAGUCAGGGUUCCGGGCCUGGGCACACGGGCAGGCUCUGCUUCCAGGAGCUCCUUCCCACCUGCCAGCUGCGUGGGAGCCGUGUGGCUAGAACCCCGGGGAAGACCUUGUCCCUCAUUCUGGAGCAGCCGUCAGGAGUACACGGCCCUGGGAGAGGGCCCUACUCCGUGGAGGUGACGGACCCUCCUCCCUUGAUGGGGCAGAUUUCAGUGACUGUGUGUGGACAGGAGAGCUCAGCUGGUUCAGGCCUCCAGAAGGUUCCCGGACGGCAAUGGCGGUGGUGUUCUGUCAGAGCUUCCUCCCGAAGCCCAGCUCCCAGGGCCUUGGAUGGUGCCUGGAGUGGACUCCAGGUUCCGUGCCUCUUGUCCCCACCGGUCUCUGCAGCCCAGGUGGUUCUGAUUUGCAGCCGUGGGCAGCUUUUGCGCCCUGCUCUCGAGUGACUGCCGCGGCGCUCCUCACGGGUGCGACGGUGUCCUGGGAGUCCCUGAAGCCCGGGCUUCCUACACAGCAGGCGUUAGGAAGCGGGUGCCAAAGCAUAGAAGGACUGGCUUGUAUUAGUCUGAGUUAUCCAGAGAAACACAACCAACAGGAUAGGUGGAAAGAGAUUUAUCCUGAAGACCUGGCUCAUGCACUUAUGGAAUAGGAAGUCCCGAGACCUGUCGUUGGCAAGCUGAAGGCCCAGGAGAGCUGAUGGUUUUGGUCCAGUCUGAGUCUGAAGGCCCAAGAGCUGGAGAAACACCGCUGCAGGUUCCAAUCUGAAGGCUGGAGAUCCAAGAAGAGCUGGCAUUUCAGUCCAAUCCCAAAGGCAGGAAAAGACCAAGGUCCCAGCUGCAGCAGUCACCGGAGGAGGCCUUCUUACUCAGCCUUUGGCUCUUUGUAGGCCCCCAACUGAUUGGAUGAGGCCCACCUCCCUGCGGAGGACCAUCCCUUCCCAUGCUAAUCUCACCUGGAAACACUCACAGCACACCCAGAACGAUGCUGGGCCAAAUGUCUAGGCACCCAGGGCCCACUCAAGUUGACACACGAAAUUCACCAUUAUAGUGCUCUUGGCCCUGACCCUGAGACCAUCGCACAUGGCAUCCGAGGCUGUAGAGUGGGCCCCGCAGAAGACAGGAAGCAGAUACCCUGGUGUUAGAUGCAGUCAGGGUGUUCAGAUGAAGAUGACAGUGGACUGGAGCUGGGAGGCUGACAGGAGCCAGAGCAGCCUAGGGGCUGGCCGCUGGCCUGUCCUUCCCGCCGGUGCAGUCUCCUGCACUCCAUGGCUGACCCAUCCCUACCCUGGGUCUCCCACUCCCUCCUCUGCCACCUGGCUGCCACUGCCCAGCCUUCCACAACUGCCUCUCAACAUCACCCCACCUGCCAAUUCCUCAUCUGCAGCACUGGGGUGCAGUCUGGCCACAUCAGCGGGUGCAGUCUUACCUGCGUAUAAACCAGCCCACCCAUGCAGCCAGCUUGGGAUGAGAGGACAGUCAUGACGUCCCCGUGACCCUUGGAAGGAGGCCUUUGGAAGAGGCAGGUCCUUUGAAUUUGGUCUGGGGUCAAGGCUGCCCGCAGCUCCCUCCCCAGCCCCGUAGUGGGGGCUGUGUCCAUGCAUCAGAAGCAGCCACUGCCUUUUCCGGGGGAAGCUGAGGGUGUGGCUCUGGGAUGAGGAUGAGGCUCCAUCCUUCACUGUUGCAGGGACCAGCUUGGGAAGCUAAUGCACCUUUUUCUCCAAACCAAUUUCAAGUGGAAAGAAACUAUAGGCACCUGUGCCUGUGUACACGCACCUACACAGCCGUGCAUACACAGGCACACACAGGGUGCCAGAAAGAAGAAUCAAAAGGACAGGCCUCCCUUCUUCCCUGAGCCCAGCUGCAAUGUCCUGUUCCCCUUGGCGGGGCCAGUCCAGGGGCCAGGCGGCCUCUACAUAGGGCUGCCAUGAGGCCCUUCCAGCUCCUGAAACUCCCUUACCCCACCCCACACCAGCUUAUCCACAAUGGGCCUGAGACCAAGAAACCAAAGGUGUGGGCCGCCGAGCUGCCCGCCUUAACGCGGACCAGAUAGCAUUACUCCAGGCACCAUUAGCAGCAAACACAGAGGCGACGUUCACCUUCUCACUGAGUCGUGAGCUUAUCUGCCUUGGCCAUCUCAGAAGCUAGCAGAUGCCAGAAGGAAAGCCACAUGUGAGUGGCCUGGAUGGUCCUCGUGGGCCCCAGCAGCACUGUCCUUGAGGGAACUGAUUCCUGAGACCAGGACGGGGCCGCUGGCUGCCUCCACCCAGCAUGGGUCUGGCUGUCCACAUCGCUGGACUCGGCUGCUGUGGCUAAGAUGCUUGCAUGUCCCGCGUGGGGCUGGUUUUCGCGCCAAACGCUAGCCCUGAACUGUGAGUCCUGCACAGCAUAUUCAGCAAGGACUCGUCCAGGUCCAGGCCAAGCAUUGACACACAUGUUGGGCACCCACUUCUCCGGGCAGACUUCUCAUGCCUCUGGCUCACCAGCUCAGAACGGCAUGCUAAGUAAAUUCUAGUGCUUACGACGUCUCUACGUGAGGUCUUGGUACAAUCCCAGAAACCUCCUUUGGAAAAUGCAUGAACAUGGGACUGUCCUCAUCACCCUGAGAGUUCAGGAGUGUCGCCUGCUCUGCAUCACUCAGCAACCCAUCCGUCUCCUGGUGACGGCAGGAGCCAGGCAGAUGCCCCAUCAGAGCCAGCUUUUAUAUUUGCUUCUGUUGUCCUGUAGCCCCUGAGUCAUGGAACAUCCACCCUCCCCUUUCCAAUCUAGACGCCGCUGUUUAAGGGGGAAACGGCCUCCCAGAGAUUUUCAGCUUCAGAAGAGAACCCAGAGCUGAAACUCUUGGGCAUGAUGAAGAUGGAAUGGGGACUGUCACACGCGUGCUGCUUGCGUGAGGGCAAGUACAGAUUCAGAUAAGGGGAGGCUGGCCCGAAGCCAGGUCACUGCUGCAUCUCAGAAAGACGUCAGAACCAGGCCCCAGCAGAAGCCCCUGGAGGUGCACAGCUGGGUGGUGCCGCGUAUUUCUCAUCGUGUGCAGCUGUCUGAUGGGCAUCUGCCAGAAGCCACAUGACUAAUAUUUAAAAUAGGAUUUUAAAUUUGCUGAUUUAAAUUUAAUUUUAAUAGGUGACUUUCGACUGAGCUUUACAUAUUUAUGUGAGGCUUUUAAUUCAGGUAAAACAGCCUUCAGCUUGGAGCUGUUUGGACCCCUGCAACUACCUGUUCUUUCUCAGCUGCGGCUUUCAUUUUCAAGAAGGAAGUCCUUCUGUUUCUCUGUGGCCAUUGCUGAUCACGAAGCUUAGCGAUCUGGCUUCCUCUCAAAGCUGUGCAGAUGGGAACCUCCGCCUUACCGGCUUUGACCCCCAGCGUCUGGUCCUGAGGCCAGGGCUGAACACACGGCGUGUACAAGGCAAACCCAGUAUCCGGGCGUUAAGUGGGUGUUUCACGGCAGCCAGUGUCUUGGUCCGCAAUGGUUUACGUGGGUUUGCCCACCACUGAGCAUCCCAGGACCUCAUCAGACCCUUUGCAGAAGUGCUGGUGAAUCCGACCCACCCCCCAGCCUGCCACCCCCUGUCCCAGCAUUUGCAGCUGGGUGGAACCUCUGAGCUCUCCCUUGCCCACGUCAGGCCGUUCCUUCCUUGGCCCCGCUGAGGCUCCUUCCCUUGAUGUUCUGGCCCAGCCCGGAAAUGAGGUCAAGUUUCUGCUAUUUAUGUGUCUGCAUGUGCGUGUGUUUGCGUGUGUGGACCUUGACCUCCAGGCAGUCCCCAGGUACUUCUUGGCUCUGUGUGCGUGCGCUAAGAAUAAACGACGCGAGGGAAACACACCCAGAUGCUGCCUGGGGAGUCUGGGUAGCUCUGAGCCUGGCCUGUACUGCUCUGGGCCUCUGAGCUUUCCUUCUGUUUCAGCGGCCGGUGGAGAUCCUCCGGGCUGCUGAGCGGUGGAGCCGUGGCCCCUCCUCACCAGUCCCACCCCGGGGCUGUUGCUCCUCCGUCUUUUCCACUCGAUUCCUGGCAUUCGAAUUCUUGUGUUAAAAAUGCUCCUGGGACGUCAUCCUUGCCACAGCUCGCUUCAGUGGCAAGCCUGUGGCUUGGGGGUGGCAGUGGGUGGCUCUCUGUCCCUCGGGAGGUGUGGAGCAUUUCUCCACAAUGGAAAAGUCUCUCCUUCCUUCCACGCACACUCCCUCUCUGACACAGCAGGUCCCAAACCAGCCUGGCCUGCCAGCUCGUGCAUAGGUGUUGGCACUGUAAAUAAAACCCCAGGUGUGGCCACGGGCACCCAGGGAGCAGGCCCCAGGAAUGACUGCUCUGGAAUCUCUGCUGUCCGAGGCCUCCAAAUACAGCCUCAAACAGUCUCACAGCAGCGUCCAAGAUCAACAGCGGACGCACGUGAGUGCCACACGAGUGUACACAGCUCUUUCAAUAGGUGUCAGAAGGCAGCUGUGACGCAGACUGUCAGCUCUGGGGCCAGACUGCAGGGGCUGCAUCCUCAUUGCCACCGGCGGGCUGUGUGGCCUUGAGCAAACGACUGAGCCCCCUGCACCUUCUUCCCCUACUGUGACGCCUGGGACAGUGCCUGGUACACAGCUGGCGCUCAGUGUGCGCAGCGGGUGUCAGCACCCCGCCACCCAGCGGGAUUCUUUACAGCAGCUGCCUGCAUUGGUCCCAAGGAGCCUGGGGCUGGGGCAUCCAUUCACUGAGAGGUGGCCUUCUCUGUGUCAUCUUCUCCUCUAAAUGCACCUGUCACCAGGUUUAGGGCCCACCCUGUUCCAGGAUGAUCUCUUCUCAGAACACUCAUCACAUCUGCAAAGACGCUUUUUCCACAUAAGGUCACGCGCUCAGUCAGGUUCCAGGUGAACGUGACUGCCUGGGGAACGUGGGGGGCACUGGUCCACCCACCCCAGUCCCAGCGCAGGCCCAGCAAACAGACUCUGUAAGGAGCUGCCAGGAGGAUCCUGGGACAUCGCCUAGCCCAGGUCCCCAUGGGACUGCCCGCUGUCCCUGCGUCUCCAUGCAUCUCUGCGCGUCGCCAGCUGUGGCUGGAAGGAGACCCCAUGGCUGAAUACUUGGGGCUUCAAACUCUGCAGAGCCCUGAGCACAGCUGAGGUGGCCGCAGCCUCAGCCUGACGUCAGUGGGCAGCAUUUCUCACGCUUUGUGUUUUGGAGCCUCCUGGGGUGCGAUGUUUCAUGGAUUGAAGAAGCUUCCGGAAGCGCCAGGUCCCUGUUGAAUGUGAUACAAUGUGGCCCAAUAUGGACACGCCACUGCCCACCCCACCCCAGCUCUGCAGCGAAGACAAAAGACCCAGACUGUGGACUUAGACAACAGAAACAGGCCCUGUUUACUGGACACACCAGCCCCUUGGAUACCACUUGGCCACUCCCACGGAGGCCACUCACACUGUGGCUGAAGCCUCGAGGUCACCAGGCGGAGGCACAGAGAUGCCCCUGCACCCACUGGGGGACAAGCCGCUCACCUUUCCCGGCCCCAAUUCAGCCAUGGAAAACGGGCUUGACCACGGCACGCCCCUGAGCCCCGGCUCCCUGCGCUCCGCUGCCCAUAGUCCCCUGGACACCAGCAAACAGCCCCUCUGCCAGCCCUGGGCCGAGAAGCGUGGUGCCCAGGGGACCCACCAGGUGCGGUACGUCUCGGCCGGGCAGAGCGUGGCGUGCGGCUGGUGGGCCUUCGCACCCCCGUGCCUGCAGGUCCUCAACACGCCCAAGGGCAUCCUGUUCUUUCUGUGCGUGGCCGCAUUCCUGCAGGGGAUGACCGUGAACGGCUUCAUCAACACGGUCAUCACCUCCCUGGAGCGUCGCUACGACCUGCACAGCUACCAGAGCGGCCUCAUCGCCAGCUCCUACGACAUCGCCGCCUGCCUCUGCCUCACCUUCGUGAGCUACUUCGGGGGCUCAGGGCACAAGCCGCGCUGGCUGGGCUGGGGCGUGCUGGUCAUGGGCACGGGGUCACUGGUGUUCGCCCUGCCCCACUUCACAGCUGGCCGCUACGAGGUGGAGGCGGACACGGGCGUCAGGACGUGCCCUGCCAACCCCAGCGCAGCGUGUGCGGACCGCACCUCGGGCCUGCACCGCUACCAGCUGGUCUUCAUGCUGGGCCAGUUCCUGCAUGGCGUGGGCGCCACCCCCCUCUACACGCUGGGUGUCACCUACCUGGACGAGAAUGUCAAGUCCAGCUACUCGCCCGUCUACAUUGCCAUCUUCUACACCGCAGCCAUCCUGGGCCCCGCUGCUGGCUACCUGAUCGGAGGUGCCCUGCUGAACAUCUACACGGAAGUGGGCCGACGGACAGAGCUGACUACCGAGAGCCCGCUGUGGGUCGGUGCCUGGUGGGUCGGCUUCCUGGGCUCCGGGGCUGCUGCCUUCUUCACCGCCGUUCCCAUCCUUGGUUACCCUCGGCAGCUGCCAGGCUCCCAGCGCUACACGGUCAUGAGAGCUGCGGAAAUGCACCAGUUGAAGGACGGCAGCCGCCGGGAGGCGAGCAACCCGGACUUCGGGAAAACCAUCAGAGACCUGCCUCUCUCCAUCUGGCUCCUCCUGAAGAACCCCACGUUCAUCCUGCUGUGCCUGGCUGGGGCCACUGAGGCCACACUCAUCACCGGCAUGUCCACGUUUAGCCCCAAGUUCUUGGAGUCCCAGUUCAGCCUGAGUGCCUCGGAAGCUGCCACCUUGUUUGGGUACCUGGUGGUGCCAGCAGGCGGUGGUGGCACCUUCCUGGGUGGCUUCUUUGUGAACAAGCUCAGGCUCCGGGGCUCCGCGGUCAUCAAGUUCUGCGUGUUCUGCACCGUCGUCAGCCUGCUGGGCAUCCUCGUCUUCUCCCUGCACUGCCCCGGUGUGCCCAUGGCGGGUGUCACAGCCAGCUACGGUGGGAGCCUCUUGCCCGAAGGCCACCUGAACCUAACGGCACCCUGCAACACUGCCUGCGGCUGCCAGCCGGAGCACUACAGCCCUGUGUGUGGCUCAGAUGGCCUCAUGUACUUCUCGCUGUGCCAUGCAGGGUGCCCUGCAGCCACUGAGAUGAAUGUGGAUGGCCAGAAGGUGUACCGAGACUGUAGCUGUGUCCCUCAGAAUCUUUCCUCUGGUUUUGGCCAUGCCACUGCAGGGAAAUGCACUUCAACUUGUCAGAGAAAGCCCCUCCUUCUGGUUUUCAUAUUCGUUGUAAUUUUCUUUACAUUCCUCAGCAGCAUUCCUGCACUAACAGCAACUCUACGAUGUGUCCGUGACCCUCAGAGAUCCUUUGCCCUGGGAAUCCAGUGGAUUGUAGUUAGAAUACUAGGGGGCAUCCCGGGGCCCAUCGCCUUCGGCUGGGUGAUCGACAAGGCCUGUCUGCUGUGGCAGGACCAGUGUGGCCAGCAGGGCUCCUGCUUGGUGUACCAGAACUCGGCCAUGAGCCGCUACAUCCUCAUCAUGGGGCUCCUGUUCAAGGUGCUGGGCGUCCUCUUCUUUGCCACAGCCUGCUGUUUAUACAAGCCCCUGUCGGAGUCUUCAGAUGGCCUGGAAACUUGUCUGCCCAGCCAGUCCUCGGCGCCCGGCAGUGCCACAGAGAGCCAGCUCCAGAGCAGCAUCUGA